AUGUCCAGAUUAUGUCAGGAAAAGCCGAUCGUGGCAGAAAUUGCGUGGACACUUAAGACGACGUCGCUUGUCGACUGGGGGGCGUGGCCUGGGUUUGUCUACCUGGCUUUGUACUCGUUUUUGCCUCGCAAGGCGCUCUGCUUUUUCUUUAACGCGAUCCCAAUAUUGAAUAUGGUGUCGGCUGUGGGAUUUGCAAAGCUGUAUCACAAUAAAAGCAAGUAA